AUGAGGUGGGACCCAGUGUCGGCAAAGACCUCAAAUGGGCGGCACUAUGGUCUGUCGUCUGGUCGAUUGUUAUCCUGCUUUUCUAUAUCUCUUGGCGCUUUGAACCUCGUUUCGCUAUCGGUGCAAUCGCUGCCUCUGAUUCACGAUGUGUUGAUUACGUUGGGUGUCUUUUCAGUGUUCGUGAAGGAGAUCAACCUGCCGACGGUUGCCGCAUUUCUCACAAUUAUCGGUUACUCCUUGAACGAUACGAUUGUCGUUUUGAUCGUAUUCGUGAGAACAGCACACUGCUCAAAGGGACCGACUUUGCUGAAGUUAUCAACAGAAGCAUCAAUCAAUCUUUGA